CUCUGCGUGAAAUGAAAACACAGGCGGAAGGAGAGAUAGGUUGAGAGAGUGCGUGACUGUUUCUCGUGCAAUAAAAUUGAACUUUAUACAGAAGAGUGAGUGAGGCAGGGAUGCGGCAGGGCAGGAGACAAUCAGGGCAGCCAUGGCAGGGGUGAGGGAGAGUCAGAGAGAGAGAGACAAGACUUGCUGCCUUUGUGGUGGUGGUGUGGUGUUGAGCAGACUGUGAGUGUGCACCUUCCUCAUUGACUGACUGACUGACUGACUGACUGUGCUGCACCUCUGGCCAGCAACACAGUGCUGCAUUGCUCUGCUGUGUGAUGCAGUGCUGCUGCAGCACCACACACCUGUGCUGCUGCUGCUGCUGCUCACUGGGACAAGGCCAGUGUGAAGAGGACAAGGCAGGGAGAGCAUCACACCAUGUGCUGCGUGCAGUGAGGGGGAGUGUGGAUGACAGUGGAGAAUCCAGCAGCAGCAGCACGGUGGUGUGUGGUGCAAGAUGAGCAAGACUGUGCUGGUGUUGAACGGCCAGACCGUGAUCCUCACCAGCGAUGCUACUGACACGAUGGUGCAGGGCAGUGCCCCCUCCCCACCCCCUACUGGAGGAGGCUCCAGCACCAGCCAGGCGUGGCCCUGAGGUGGCACAGUGCCACCAGCAGGACAGCCAGCCUGGCGUGCUGCAGGUGCAGGUGCAGGGCCGUGAGGUGCCGGGGUUCAUGGUGACCCCGGGAGGGGGUGGGGAGCCAGCUUUGCACAAGGUGGUGGGGGGGCAGCCCUUGCACACUGUCCCAGGGGUGGAGGAGGGCCAGGAAGCCUUGGCCGGGAGGAGUGCGGUGAGUGAGGGAGGCUUCCUACAGCUGCCAGUGGCCCCCACACAGGGCACGGCCAGCCUGGGGGAGCAUCGGGGUGGUGGCCUGGGGGGGGAGGUGUUCACCAUCACUACAGACCGCCUGGGGCAGGGCCAGAGCAGCACACAGCACCUGCAGGGCCUGGCUGACCUGGUGCACCUACCCCUGGCUGCCCCUGAGGUGAAGGGGCCACCAGGCAGCCUGGAGCAUGAGGAACAGGGGCAGGGCCAGGGGCAGGGCCAGGGUGAGAGUCAGGGACAGAGUGAAGGUGGCAGCCUGUCCACACUGGUGGCCAUCAUCCAGGCAGAGGACGGCACCACACACACCAUUGAGCUCACCCCGGAGGAGGCGUGCCGCCUUGACCUGCUGUCCACCACCACCACCACCACCACCACCACUGCCACCACCACCCUGCAGCCCCUGGCCGUCUGCUCCUCAUCCCUGGUGGCCACGGUGGCCGGGGAGCAGCACCCCAGGCAGGCCACUGGGGAAGAGGCUAGGCUGCCCCUGGCAAAGGAGUGUCCCACAGUAUUCCCUGAUGGCCCUGCAGGCACUGGGGGCCUGGGUGGGGAGGGGGAGGGUGAGGGUGAGGGGGACGUUAGCCUGGGGCCAUUCCUGCUGAUCCCAGAGUACAACAGUGAUGGCAGCGUGUCUACCGUGCUGCAGCUGGCCGGCACAGAGGCCGAGGCUGCCACUGCUACUUCUGUGCCUGUGACACCAGCAGUGACCAGCGAUGUGCACCAUACCACCACCGCCGCCGCCACCACUACCACUACUACCCCUACCACCACUGUCACUACCACCACCACUACCACCACCACCACUAGCAGCAGCCUGUCCUUCAUUGAGCUGAAGAAGCCUGUCACCACCACCACCACUACCACCACCACCACUCUUGCCUUCCCUCGCAGCGGGCAGGGCGUACAGAGGAUCAGGCUGCCCCUCGCCCCGCCGGUGAGCACAGCGGCAGCCCGUACACACAGCGUGCUUCGAGGCAAGACUCCAGAAUGGCGGGCUGUGGCACUGACCCCUGGGACAGGCCCCAGGGUGUCCCACAAGGUGUCUGGCACCACCUAUCUCAGGGACAUUGCCAAGAGAACCAAGUUCAGGAACCUGACGUCUUUCCUGGAGGGCAAGGAGGAGAAUGCAGGGCCAUGUGAGGCAUCCCUGGCACCUCUGGCACCCUACUCCAGCAGUGCCAGGCCCUUCAGUGCCACACCUGGGGUCAGUCUGUUGAGGACAGUGCCAGCAGUGCCAGCCAUCACCAGGACAGUACCAGGGGUCAGCACCCCUCGGCCAGCAUCCCUUCCCACCCACAUGUUGGUGCAGGAGGUGCCCCCAACCUCCAGAGACGGCACCCUCACCAUCAGGGUCAGUACCGGCCCCAUCAACGCUGCCACCACCACCGCCGCCUCCACCAUCACCACCACCACCACCACCACCGCUGCCAUGCUACAACCCCAACCGCCAUCCCUCCUACCACCACCACCACUACCACCACCACCACCACCACCACCACCACCACCACCACCACCCAUCUCCACACCCACGCCUUCCAUCAAGUGUGCAGAGUUCGCGGAGAGUGUGGGCACCAGCACCCUGGCGGCCUCGGACUCCACCAGCCUCACCUCCAUCGUGUACUGCUCCUCCGGCGGCGACGACACGCCCUUUGCUGUGCACCUGCCGGGCGGGGACAGCACCAAGCCCCUCGGCUCCAGUGAGAACCCCAUACAGCUGGUGCAGCAGGGCAACACCUUCCAGGCACUACAGCCGGUGCAGGAGAGGCAGCUGGAGCAGAUCACAGCCCUCCUGCAGCAGCGUCGCAUCACAGCACCUCCCACUUCCCACCACGACGAGAUUUAUGACCCCAAGACCAACAUGAAGAUUGUGUAUAAGGUGGUGUACCCUGAGGAUGUCUUGCCAGAGGAGGAGGAGGAGGAGGAGGAAGAGGAGGACCUGGAGGGCAUCACCAAGGAGGAGGAAGACCCAGGCUGCAGCAUCAAGGAGGAGGAUAUUUGGGAGGGUCACACAGUCUUCCUGGAGGAGAAGAGGCGAGGGAGGAAACCCAAGGACUGGAGGAAAUUUCGGCCACCUCAGGAAGAGAUACUGGAGGAAGAUUUCAUGGAGGAGAGUGAGGAGAAGAAGAAGCCAGUCUCCCGCACUCGGUCAGGCCGUAUCUCUCGGCCGCCGCGCCACAUGAUGAAAGACUUCAAGCACCUACACCCGGUCAACUUCAACGACGACAUCAAGAAGAAGGACUCCAGCAGCUUUGGUUACCUGGACUAUGAGGAUUAUGUUCCCUCGGAAGCAGAGAAGGCGCCCGAACCUGUGAUUGCUGACCUGCCGCGGCGCAAGAAGAGGGAGAUGCCGCCACUGACGCGCCUGCGCUACACGUGUGCCACCUGUGGCAAGCUGUACAUGGGGCGCAUAGAGGCACACUACCGCAAGUUCCCUGACCACUGCCGCAAGCUUCCCCCAUCCCCGACUGACCCCAAGCAGUCCUACUCCACCAUCAAGACUCUCUCGGACGCCAAGGUGGGGGAGGGAGGUGAGGGCAGUGAGAUACAUAAGUCCGUUUUGAGUCCGACACCUGGCACCCCCGCCUCGGAGACCAGCGGAGAGCCCGGCCUGCCCAUGGAGACGCUGACUGCCCUGCCACACCACCAGCAGGAGGCCCAUCAAGCUCCUGAGGACCUGCUGGGCAUUAAGCUUGAGGCAGAUGACCCACAACAGAUGACAGCAAAGGCCAGGCGAGGACGUGGCCGAAGGAAGGGAAGGGCCCGCCGCGGUAGGAGGGGGCGGCCAGCCAGGGUGUCUCCCCCAAGUGCCGCUGCUGUGGCUCCCCCACCCACCAACCCUACCAAGGUCCUGGAAAAGAUCCUGAGUGCCUACACCUCACAGGACAUCCAGAGCGCCGUGGGACACCGGCUCUUUGAGAACCUGAGUCCGUGGCAGCUGCUGUGUCUGCGUGUGGACCGGGAAGGCGGCUGGCCACAGUGGCAGGAGAGACUACGCCUGCUGGAGGACCUGCUGAAGGAGUGCCAGGAGGAAUUCUUCAGCCAGACAGAGCCACUGCCAAGAUCUGCCACAGCCCAGCAGGAGGAGGAGGAGGAGGGAGGCAAGGUGUGUGAAGGUGGUGGUGAAGGAGUGCCUGGGAAUGGUGCUUCACAGCCUCCCAGUACCAGUGACAGCCAGGAUGUUCCAAGUGGAGGGGAUGCAGUGGCCAAGGGUGACUCCUCCUCCUCCUCCCCUGCCUCCUCAUCAUCCUCCUCCUCCUCCACUGCCAUGGCUGUCAAGAAAGAGGAGAAUGGAAGUUUUGAGGUGUCUGACUAUCUUGCUGGCAUCUUUGGGGUGAGGAGCUGUGAGUACCAGCUGCGGCAGCAACCCACCUCUCCGCCCUCCCCAGUGGUGCAAGAACCCCCAGUGCCUCAUGUGGACUCAUACUUAUGUCAGGUGGGUUCCUCCCCUCCCCUGGUCACCUUUGGCAAGCGCUCCCUGGAGGACGAAGGGAGUGAGGACACAGAGUCACCACCAAAGAAAAGAGAGAUGGAACCAGAGGAUGUGGUGCAGAAGCAGACCGUCACCAGCGUCACUCUGGAGGCUGACAUGGCGGCAGGAACAGGUGUCAUGUCUGGCAAGAAGAGUCAGUUUGGCAGUGGCAUAGACUGUGUCAGCUCAGCACUGGAGGCAGCAGCAUGUGACCUUGAGCUGCCUCCCUACAGCCUGCCUGGCCAGCUGUCCCCGGUCAGCAGUGCCAGUCUCAUCACGGUACAGUCCACGCCAUCCAUGCUCGCCAGUACACCACAGUCCAUCACACAGCUGCCCGUCACACCACUGCCCAUGGCACAGCUGCCCAUCACACCACUUCCCGUUACACUGCCUCACCUAAGUGAGUGUGUGACAGCCAGCAGCAGCAGUACCACACUCACCACGGCUCACCCAGCAACCUGCAGCACUCCAGCCUCCAGCCUGCCUCUGGAGAUCCCCAGCUUCUCCACCCACAGCACGUCCCCUCCCACACUGGCCCCCUGCCUGCCCCUCACCUCCAUGGACACCUCUUUCAUCCCCACCACCAUGCCGCAGGUCAACGCCAUGCAGCAGAUUCCUCUCGGGGACAUGGACAUCACUGCAGAGGACCUUCCCAGGCUGCUCAGUGAGGGCACCGGGCUGGUGGUGGGCGGCAGUGGUGAUGGCUGCGACGCUCCCAAGCUGCUGGACACGUCGGGAGACACUACCGACCUCAGCGAGAUGCUCUUCAAGCUGCAGGAAGCCACGGCAAGCAUCAGCCAGGGCCAGGAGAACACUCUGGGCCCUCACUUGUACCAGGAGGCUGUCAGUGGCAACAACCCCCAGCUCAUGACACCAGAGAGCCUACACACACCAGGGGUCAGCCUCACCUCUCAAGACUACAGCACUGUUGUGGGCGGCACUCUCAACCCACACACUAACCUCACCUUGAAACUGGAUGCCUCACAGGGCCGGGGGGAACCCUCCAUGCCGUUGCUCACAUUCUCAGGUGCACUAAACUCAGAAUUUCACUCUGACUCAACCCUGGGUCAGUCGGUGAGUCGCAGCGAGGACAGCAGCAAGAUCAGUGCCAUUCUGAGUGGGGUCAGUGGCCAGCAGAAUGGUGCUGGCAAGGAGCAGGAAGGUGACAGGCUCAACAUGGGGUUUGGCAGUAAGAUCAGUGCCAUUCUGAAUGGGGUUGAUGGCCAGCAGAAUAGCACCAGCAAGGAGCAGGAAGGUGACAGGCUCAACAUAGGGUUUGGAACUUCUAAUUUAGGAAUGAGUGAGUUUGAGGACUUGCUGAAGAGGUAAAGAGACUUGCGUUUCUUAAAGAGCUUUGCAGUUCUUUCCAGUUCUCAGUCAUUAGAGUUUUUAUUUUUUAUUUUUUUAUUUUUUUAUUUUAUUCAAUUUUUUCUACUGACUCACUCACAAUGUGUCUGCCUUGCGUGCUUGUGUCCACCUACUUGCAUUUCUCACCACUCCAGGUGAUGGUGGUGGUGGUGGUGGUGCUGGUGGUGGAGAUCCAUAUCAUUAUGAAAGGGAGACAUUGCUUUCAUAUUUUAUCAUAUCCAAAUGUUGCUCAAAGGACUGCAUUUUCAAACUUUUAGGUGUCUUAUCUUGACUACUUCAACAGGCUCUUGUGGAUAUUAUCAGGGUUUUCAAGGGUAUUUUCAUGAUUCUAUGUUUAGAAAUAUGCAAACCAGUGUAUGCUGUUGGGCCUUGCUGUGGAAGUAUGUGACCAGCUGUGCAUGUGUUCCUGGGGGUAGUAGGGUGGUCCAUGAGACUGUCCCUUUCCACCAGGAGCUAAUGGGACUUGUAGUGUGAUUGAUGUGUGUGUGUGUGAGGGUGAGGUACUUUAUUUGGGCCAUCCUUUGUGGGAAUGCCAGCUUAGUAUAUUGAUAGAUAGACUACUACUACUACUACUACUACUUGAUUGACAGGGGUAAGAGUGUGAGUGAUAUGUGUGUGAGUGUGUGGUGCAUUGUCUGGGCUGCCCUGUGUGGGAUUGCCAGCCUGGUAGACAGACACAACAAGGACUCUGUAACAUCACUGGCACAACACUCCUUUGAAAACUCUACUAAUUAUCCCUGUAGUCUUUGAAAAUAGUCCUUACAAGAGACCAGAGUGUUUCUAAAUAUGGACCAAACCCUCAUUGCAUUCUCUCAUCCAGUCAUAACUCUGCAGGGUAGUUGGUGCGAGGCAGAUGUUGCAGCACAAAUGUGACCCCUUGGUUGUGUUGAAAUAGGGUGUGUUGAUCAUUGUAUGUUUUACCAUUAGAAGAGAACCUUGGUCCCUCCCAUCACCCAUAGUGUUUGUUUAGCGCAGAUUGCUUCACAGAGACAUGUCGUUCUCGUUCAUGUGUUUUUUACCUUCUGAUUAUCGGAAAGUAGAUGUUUACAGAGGAACCUUGUGAUAGUUAGCGGAGUUACAUUAACUGACACACACACACACACACACACACACACACACACACACGCACACACACACACACACACACACACACACACACACACACACACACACACACACACACACACACACACACACACACACACACACACACACACUAGGUAAUUCAUACAGUGCCAAAGUUAUUUUUAAGCCGAUAACCAAUAUAUUUGUGUACACUUAUCACUCAAUGAGCUUUAUUGUAAUCUUGCCUCAUGAACAAUUAUUAGUGUGUGAGUCAGUGAACUGUCUAUUAAGUUGUGCAGCCGAGCAAAGCUAAGCACAGUGCAGCAGCAGCAGCAGCAUGGGGACAGCACAGCAUGAAGGCACUAACUUGUACGGUGCAGCAUUUAACAGCAUUACAGCUUAUAUCGAUCAAUAACGGCAUAUCAGCUAUUCCAUUAAGACAGUUAUGUGAUAAAAGGUAACAUUUCAUCUACUAAAAGUUUAAUGCUUUCUGAAAAUCAUCACUUCUUGCUCAGUGAGAAUACAGCAUGGUGUCUUUAAUAUGCUUCUGUCACCACACUCUUGUCACUUGACCUCCGAAACUGCACUGGAUUCUUGUAUGGGGGUGUGUACUCCUUCCCAGCGCAUGGCAGGGCAGAGGUGCAGCAACAGGCAUACUCUACACUCGUCUAUAAGACUGGACAGGACAGAAGCUUUGAACUGUAAUCUCAAACAUUUUGGCAUCUCAUCUCUGCUGCUAUAAAGAGGUUGUCGUGCAAGUAUUGGAGAGCUUUCAAGUUGAUUUCAUGAUUCUAGUAAUAGUUUUAGCAAGGAUUCUGCUUUGCUUACGGCAAAAGCAGCCGGAACUCCCAACUCGUCAUCUUUGCAGCUUGCAAAAACAGUCUUGGUGAGAGGCCAGAGUGUGUGAGGUUACAGGUGUGAGGUACAGAUUUAUUUGGCUGCCAGUGCUGCAGAGAUACAACUCAUGGCUUGUCUUUUCCCUUGGCUGAAGGAAACUUGCAGUAUUAGUGGUUAGUAGACAUGAUAGUGAAUGUGAGGACUGCUAAUUGUGACUCAGUAUCAUCAUCAUCAUAUGCAUUAAUAGCUAACAGAUUAGAUACAGACUUCUCUGUGUAUUAUUCAUUUUAUUGUUUUUUGUUUACCAUUUAGCCAAGGGAAGAGAUCAGCCAUGCAUUGUGAUCAAAUAAUCAUUCUUGUUGUGAACAAUAGUCACUUCCUUAGCAUUCAGUUAUAUUUGAUGUGUAUGUGUGUGUGUGUAUGAACAUUAUGUAUGGUAGUAGUAGUAUAUAUAGGUAUGUACCUUUAUUGACAAAUGUAUUAUUUUUCUGAUAUGUACUGUACAUGCAAAGAGGAAAAAAGGGUUUUUGAAACUAUCUUGCUGUAAUGACUCUUGUUUUGAAUGAGUGAGGUGUUGGUGUGAGGGACUUGUGAGAGGAAGGUGCCAGGAAUGUAAGGCGUGUGACUGUCACUGUGUCACUGCUGCCACUUGUAUCCUGAUGUGUGUGUCAUAUCUGUCAUCACCUGUGACACCUACUGUUUGGCUCGUCACGUGCCUGUCUUGCUCACUCGCCUGUCAUGCUGGGUUGUCGUGCACAGACUGGAUACUGGCUGUCAUUUAUCUGUAAGUAAUUGUACUGUAAUUCUGCAAGUAAUUGACCAUGCAUAAGAGAAGAACCUACUUCAUUUGAACUAUACAGGAAGGAAAACUGCAUUUGUUUAAGGAGUUUGUGAGCAAGUAUUUGAUGCAUGAAGGACUGACUAACCUCUCUGCCUCCCUUGACCUAAAUAGACUAGUGGCUAUUAAGACUUAGUGUGAGCCACUACAGAUUGCAAGGUGCCUCUAUUUAUCAUCAGUAAUCCUCCAGGAAAAAGUGUACUUUUGUGUCAACAUUAGUGUGUUAUUACCACACCGAGACCCUUACUCAAAUCAUCUCCUUGUAUAUACGUCAAGAUUUGUAGGUGCAGGUCUGAAUGCAUCCCAGAACUUUGAGUGUAGGUGUUGAUCUCAGUGGUGGAGAAACAGAAAGAUAUUGGCUUACACUUUGGAACUCAGGAACAGCCUGAAGAAGAGGAGGUGUAGCAAUGUUGGUGUGUUCUCUCAGACAGUCAGAAAGUAGUGCAGGUAUAUUGUUACUCAAGAACAGCCUCAAGAAGAAGAGGUGUAGCAGUGUUGGUGUGUUCUCUCAGACAGUCAAAAAAUAGUGCAGGUAUAUUAUGACUCGAGAACAGCCUGAAGAAGUGUAUCAGUGUCUGUGUCUCCUGAAGGCGAGUGAAGAAUGGAAGUAUCACUUGUUUCCCAUUAUUCAUCACUGUUCGUACUGCCAUGUAUCAUUUUACUUGUAGAAUGAAUUACUGCCAUUAUUAUCAUUAGUUCAUUCACAGGGAAGGUAGUGCACAGAUGAAUACAAACCAAACGAGCUUUGUUUUCAUUUGCUUCACAGUAUUAUGGAAGAAGGACCAUUAUUAAUAUGUGCUGUCAUCUUUAGUAUUGCUGUCAUUAUUGUUACUGAAAUGGAUGAUUUUUUAAGACAUGAGCUUUUACACUUCUUGGUGUAUAUAGAUUUCUUUUCUUACAUGGCAUUUCCUUAUCAGUGUUUCAGUGGUUUCAAUUUCUUGUCAUGUUAUUAUACUUUUUUUUCCUUGUGUAUUAAGAUACAUGUUGGAAUAUGUACAUUUAUUUUGAUUUGGUACACAUUGAGAUGAUGAGGAUGAUAGUGAUGAGAAAGAGAGAGAGGGGGAGAGUGCAUACUUCUGUGAUGAUUGACUGUGUGUGUGUGUGUGUGUGUGUGUGUGUGUGUGUGUGUGUGUGUGUGUGUGUGUGUGUGUGUGUGUGUGUGUGUGUGUGUGUGUAACAGACUUACAUUACAGGCAUUUUACAUUACUAAUUUAACAUUGCUGAGCUAAGUCUUGCCAAACGCAAGACAACCUUUUUCUAUGUUCAGACCAACUUAGCCAAUAGGUAUUACAUUGUUAUCUGUCCCAGCUUAGCAAGAAGGUUUAUGGAGAGGAUAGGCAGUGAAUGUUGUGCUGAGAGAAAGGUUAUCAAUUAGUUAUUAGUUUUUUUUGAAAGAGGAGGAAUAGAAGACAAGUGAUAAGGAUAGGAACAAAAGGACUUAGUUGAAAUAUUACAGUUACCAGGAUGAGAAGAGGAAUAGAAGACGAGAGAUAAAUAUAGAAACAAAUGGGCUUGUUUUAAUAAUAGAAUUACCAGAAUGAGAGGGGAAAUAGAGACAGACAGACAGACAGACAGAUGGCCAGUAUAGGAAUAGAAGUAAGUGAAGUCUUCUGUCAUAACCAUAAUAUUUGCAGAAGACUAAACAAAUAUGUACCAGAGGGGACUGAAGUAGAUCCCACCUAAACCUGCAUCAGUGACAUUUCUUUUGCCAUUCAGUACCAAUGUUACUUAGGUACUGCCAUUGCUCAUUUCAGCUGUGCAGUCAGCAAGGAAGAAAAUAUCAAGUUAAUCAGCAUAGUUAACUUGUGUACUGGCCUGUCCAUCUAUUCCCGUCAGCCCCCCAGUUUUCAGUGUACCAAAAUAUACAAGCCACUUUCAGUUCAAUGAGUUGUGAAUAUUUGAGUAGGAUGAGGAUGCCUGCUGCCUAUAUUAAACUGAGCUGAUCUA